AUAAUAAUGAGAAAAUGUGAUAGAUUCAUUAAUAAAAUUAAGAUAGAAGAUAAUAUUUUAAUUCUUAAAGUUAGAGAAAAAAAUACAAAUUAUAUCAUAAUAUGUAUUUAAGAUACUACAUAUCCAUUAUUUAUGUCAAUUACUAUUCAAUAUGUGAUAAAAUCCUUUGAUAUUUAUAACAAUGAAUUACUACUCCUAAAGCAACAAACCUUCCUCCCUAUAAAGUAGAUAAAGCCACAAAGUCUACACAUGCAUCUCCGUUCAAGCUAAAACAAAUUUAGUUCAUUUGAAAGAUAAAUAUGAUUCAAUUCAAGACUAUAGUUAUUCAAGUCAAGAGAGUAGUCGAUAAAAAGAUAUCGCGUUUAAGACACAUAAUCAACGUACGAAAGGGUCACUUUGCGGUAUAUGUUGGUGUAGACGAGGAAGAGACGAAGAGAUUUGUGGUUCCAAUAUCUUACUUAAACCAUCCUUUGUUCCAAGCCUUGUUGCUUCAAGCCGAAGAUGAGUUCGGCACAGAUCAUAAGAGGAAAUCCCUCACAAUCCCUUGUGCUAAAGAUGUCUUUAUUGACAUCACUUCUCGUCUGAAGCGUAGUAAAUUUAUUAGAACUGAAAGUAAUUAAUUGGUCUUAAGUAUUAGUAUUGUUCUAUUGUUUGGUUUGAUUAUCCGUUUGGUAAGGCCGUUUAUUGUUUUAUGUAAUAGAGGGGGCUUAGGCAACAGUAAAAUCAAAACCAAAACGUAUAAAGGAAAAAAUUGCAUAAUUGGCUGGGAAAUUUGUCUUUUACCAAUAUUAUACAAAGAUUUAGUUCUUUCUAAA